CCUGCUCUCUUUUCCCUAGCAAUCCUAUUUCCCACUUUUCUGUGCUCCUCCCUCUUCUACACUAUAGCCACAUAUAUCCUUGUCUUUUUAACCAUCUCUAGCUAGACCUCCCUGUCCUGUCUUUAAGGGCAAAGCACCGUAUAAAUUGAAGGGCAGUUUGCUCACCACAGUAGAGAUUGUUGGGUUUAGUGGUAACCUAGAACGGACAUUUGGCACUAUGAAGGAGGGUGGCAGGAAACAAGGUGCACCCUCACCAUGUGCAGCAUGCAAGCUUCUAAGGAGAAGGUGCGCCCAAGAUUGCGUGUUUGCCCCUUAUUUUCCAGCAGAUGAGCCCCAGAAGUUUGCAAAUGUGCACAAGGUUUUUGGUGCUAGUAAUGUCAACAAGAUGUUACAGGAACUACCGGUGCAUCAGCGAGGAGAUGCGGUUAGCAGCAUGGUGUAUGAAGCUAAUGCCAGGGUGCGUGAUCCAGUGUAUGGGUGCGUGGGUGCUAUAUCAUCUCUACAGCAACAAAUUGAUGCACUUCAGACCCAGUUGGCACUGGCUCAGGCAGAGGUGGUGCACCUGCGAGUGAGGCAGUCAGCGACACUAUCAAACCACGGGCUUAGUCCUGCUAGCCCGAGUAAUAGUGGGUCACCAUCUUCUAGGCUCAUGGGGUCCCAAAUGAAGCCGAUGUUCGACAUGGAUAUGGUGGAUCACACCAGCUUAGGAGAGUCAAUGUGGUCAUGCUAGGAUAUGCAUGCUACCUUUUUAUGCCAUGCCUACCCUUACUACUACUAUAUCUAGGUUGAUUCUGUCUCCAAUGUUUUCAAUCUACAUAUAUAUAUAUAUAUAUAUAUUUUUUUUUUAUUUUGAUAUCAUAAUUAUGUA